AUGGCGACAAUCAGCCUUCUAUCUUCCUCGCCACCCAGACCAUUUGCCCAUUCACCAACUCCCGCUGCUAGUUCUCCUUCAUUACCUUCGCCCAGCGCCUUUCUACGCGAUGCCUCGGCAGGACCUUUGCGUUUUAAGGCCGCAGACAAAACAAGAGAUAGGUUCUCAAAUGGCUUCACCAGUGCCCGUUCAAUGCUUCAGCCCAAGAUGGGUGCAGAGAACGUCUCCUUGGGUUCACCUGGACGGACGAGAUUCAAACAAUUAGACAAAAAGUCUUCAAUAGACCCUUCGCUAACGACGCAAACCAGCACCUCAGUGUGCUGUGGCCUAUUUCCGCAGCCCUCACCUUCUAAGCACUUUGUUGACCGAGAUUCCAUCGAUGUUGAAACAGGCAAAACGACACAACCAUCGGAAAAGCGCGUAAACAUCGACCCUCAGACCAUAUCGACUGCACAGUUGAGUACAAUUCUUUCUGAUGAGCCUGACGUCCACUCGAGUUCCAGAAGCCAGCAGAUGGCCAAGGUGAUACCAAGGAAAUCGGAUUGGACCCCGGUCAAACCAACCAUUGAAGAAUUAGAAGGAGCACAGAAUCGGUCCAUUACAUUCUCAGAAAAUCUUCUGCAAAGUUUCGCGUUUCAAGGUUGUGCGAGGGAUGGCAAAUCAGAGGGAGAUGUUGUUACAGGAGUGUCAACGAAAAGACGCCGCAUUGAGCUAGUUCAGACAACAAAUCCACAAAGCACAAUAUCUUUACCUAUCGUCAAAAUUGGAGCCCCUUCAAAGCCUGAGAAAGCCGCCACGAAGAAAAGAAACAAGUCUCCUGCUAAGAAACCCCUUACCAUCACCGGUCUGGCGACUACAAACUAUGGCGAGGAGUAUCUCAACCAAGGAAAAGUUUCGCCCAUGGUGCAGUUUCUAACCUCAACACAGGUUGGUGCCACCGAAGGUGAUCCUCCAAACGAAGGGACCACUAAGAGAGCCACAAAGCCAAAAGCUGGCUCGAAGAAAAAUCGGGUUUCCAAGAAGAUACCUCCCAAAAGUCGUCUAGUCUCUCCCACAUCCGCUAUGAAGUCACUGAUUGAUCAAGACACGAUAUUUGGCUCUGCAAGCCAGCUUGCUCGUGAAGAGUCUCCGACCUUGAUUCGUGAUACUAUUGAAGCGACAAAACAAUCCGAAUUGAUCCUCUCGUCUGAUAGCAUUUCUCCACAAAAGUCACAAGCGCUGUCAAUUGGGACGAUCUCACCCCAGAUACGUAAGGGUACGAGUCGUUUUGUGAAACGCCGAAAUCUCUGGGGUGCAGCCGGAAGGGACGAGGAUAAUGCACUUCUACACGUCGACACCAUAGACCUCAGUGAUUCUCCCGCAAUUCGUUUCGCGUUUGCUGGAAAAGAUGCACUCCUUCUACCAGCUCAUGCUGUUGGUGAAAAUGAUGCAUCUCUGUACUCAGGAGGACUUCAAACAUGUCAAACACCUUUGGCCAGCAAAGGAACCCUACUCGUCGAUAUCGAUGACUUCGCAACGCCAGCACCGAAGUCUAUGAAACCACCUAACGCGCUACAAGUAAGAGCAUAUCAUACUUCAGUUUCCCUGGAAGCACCAAGAAAGUCUCCUUCGCAUCCGCCUGCGACAGCGGAGGAGCCAGCGACCAAAAAGGUCACGAAAGCGAAAGCCAAGUCCGUGCCUGCGAAGCCGUCCUACGCUGGCUUUUCGGACCAUGACUUGCAGCGACAGAUAUCAGCAUAUGGCUUUAAGCCAGUAAAGAAACGCGAGAAGAUGGUCGAACUCCUCGAUAUGUGCUGGGAGGAUAAGUACGGUACUCAGAAGGAAGAGGAGCAAAACCUCAACGUGGAUGGAGACCAGGAUAUCGCAGCUUUGACACAUGCAGACUUCUUGGGUAAGGUCCACGAUAUUGCUGCUCGUCCUGUCCCCAAGGUCAAAAAGCCCAGAGCAAAGCGAAAGUCGGAGAGCGAGAAAGCCACGACCCCGAAGGAACCAAAGAAGAGGAAGAAGGCUGAGCCGAAAGCAAAAGGCGAACCCAAAGUAAAAGCUGUGAAGGAAAAGACGCCCAAAAAGCCAAGUGCCACGGCUGCCAAAGCUAAGGCAAAGCGCAAGGCAUCAGAGCUAUCCGAAGAAUAUGUUCUUGACAUUGAUGACAUCAAUGAACCGGCUACAGCAGCCACAAUAGCUCAGGUCUCGGAGCCUCCCACCGAAAUCACUGCAAAGAAAAGCAGGGUCGUCAAAGCAUCAAAACGUUCGAAGCUGUUAAAAACCCCGACGCGCACAAUUCGUCAUGAGAUACUCUCAUCACAAGCGUCCGAAGCAUUCCAAGAAGCGCAAAUCCCAGAGCACAUCGAUUUCAUCCUCGCACCCAACGAGAAACCGAACCAACCGGUCUCACCAGCACAAACCCCUCCUCUGCCAGACAUACAAUCCCAGAUCCGCGCCGCAAUCACAUUCAAACCCCACUCUUCCUCACCGUCAACAAACACCAUCACGACGUCCAAAUCACCGAAAUCCAAGAACAAAGCGUCGUCAAGCUCCGGCAUAGUACCAACCUGGCACGAGAAGAUCCUCAUGUAUGAUCCGAUUGUAUUGGAAGAUCUGACAGCCUGGCUCAACACAACGGGCUUUCAGGCCAUCAACGAAGACCGUGAGGUCAGUGCGUUGGAUGUACGCGACUGGUGUGAGGCGAACGGCGUCUGCUGCUAUGGUCUCGGUGGAGGGUGGAGGGGCACGAAUACGAAGAAAUGA